GCGAGAACUGGGAGGAGUUUAAAAGCGACCAUUAAAGGCGCGCCAGGCACUCUUCUAUUGCAUCCUGUUUGUUUGCCAGCUGCGAACCCCUUGGACUUGUGGAACUACAUUUCAUUAAACAGCGCGAUGGCCGACCAGCUGACAGAGGAGCAGAUUGCCGAGUUCAAAGAGGCAUUUUCACUCUUUGACAAGGAUGGAGAUGGCACCAUUACGACCAAAGAGUUGGGUACUGUCAUGCGCUCUCUUGGCCAGAACCCAACAGAGGCUGAGCUGCAGGACAUGAUUAAUGAAGUAGAUGCUGAUGGAAAUGGGACGAUAGACUUCCCUGAGUUCCUGACCAUGAUGGCAAGGAAGAUGAAGGACACAGACAGCGAGGAGGAGAUCAGAGAAGCAUUCCGUGUCUUCGAUAAGGACGGGAACGGAUACAUCAGUGCUGCUGAGCUGCGUCAUGUGAUGACAAACCUGGGAGAGAAGUUAACUGAUGAGGAGGUCGAUGAGAUGAUCAGAGAAGCAGACAUUGAUGGAGACGGGCAGGUGAACUACGAAGAGUUUGUACAGAUGAUGACGGCAAAGUGAAAGCCCUGUACAGAUCCUCUCUCUCUUUCUCUCCUAUAAAUAAUUUGCCUUUUUUUCGUUUAAUUUAUCUGUAAAACGUUAAGUCCCCCCUCUUCCUCCCGGCUGUCCAAAGGAACUGCAUGUAAACUGCAUAGGAUCUAACUCCUCAUGUCCCUUUCUUUUGCUGUCAUCGUGUUUUUUGGAGUGACGGUGCGGUUACACGAUCAGGUGCUUGUUGCGGCGAUUCGGGGGCGGUGGCGCGCAAAACCCUGCACGUCACAUCUGUCUGCCCCCCACCCGAUGCGUAGCAAGAGCAGAGACCUGUCAGCUGGCUUGCCAUUCGGCAACAACGUUGAUGGGGCAACAAUGUAGAGGAGUAACUCUGCAUGGACUAUGGACAAAGUAUAUAAUAUAUAUGAAAUUUAUCAGCAUUGCACUACUGCAAAAUGGAAAAAAAAUAUAUAUUAAAAAAAAAAAAAAAAAAAAAAACACGGGUGUAUCUUCUAGAUACUCGUACAUAAACUCUUUUUGUAUCUGCUGUUCUGUACCAGAGAACUUGUUUGAAUCUUAUGAUGCUUUUUAAUGGUUUAUUCACUUUCACUUUUGUUUUCUUUCUUUUUUAUUUUUUUUUAUUUUUAUUUUUUAACAGCUUAACAUCAUUGUCAUGCCUCAAAUAAUCCAUUCCAAGUUGUAUAUUUUUGUUUUCCAAUAAAAUUUACAACCCAGAAUUGAAAGGUUUCCUUGUUUGUAGAGCAUCCUUAAGCCCUUGAGAACUCGAAGCUCUUCAGUAUGUUGGCCGUUAUGCAUCCCUGAACUGAUUAUUAUUUUACUUUUAGGGUUUUUUUUUUUUUUUUUUUUUUUUUCCCUGUUUGUUUUGUUUUUAAGUAGUAGUUUCAAUCCACUUACAUCAACCAGAAUGUUUACAAUUAUUGUAGUAAUUGUUAAUUUGUAAAUCAUCAUACAAUGUAUCUCUGAGUCAACUGGUCAAAUUACUAUGUGUAAUCACAGGAUAGGAUUGAGGGUACGGCCUCCUUGUCAAAGCAAAAUAAACGUUCAUUAAAGUACUCUUAAAAGACAA